CGUGCGUGCUGUGUGUAGUUGUAAUUAAUAAACAAACAAAAAAAGUGCAAAUACAAUGUCGGUCGGCAAAAUAAGUGAAUUUAAAAUCCAUACGGACGAUUGGAGGUUAUACAUUGAGCGGCUCGAACAAUACUUUUUAGUUAACAAAAUUGUGGACAAUUUAAAGGUUCCCACGCUAAUAACAGUUAUGGGAGCCGAAAGUUAUGAGCUACUAGUGAGUUUGUGUACCCCAACGAAACCGAGUGAAAAAACAUUUGAGGACCUAACCACCAUUAUGGAAAAACAUUUGCAACCGAAACCUAGUGCAUUAGCCGAGCGGUAUAAAUUUCGCCAUAGAAAGCAGGCUAACAACGAAAGUAUAGCGGAGUAUGUAGCUGUUUUGAAAAGGAUGUCGAAGACAUGUGAGUUUAAAACUGCAGUUUCGUUGGAAGAGAGCCUCAGGGAUCAGCUGGUAUGCGGGUUAAGUAGUGAAACGAUACGGCAGCGGUUAUUCGCCGAAGAAAAGUUAGAUUUUGCCAAGGCGUAUAGCUUGGCAGUCAGUUUAGCAGCGGCCGAAAAGGAUGCGGCCGUAGUCGAGGGAUCGUGCAAAAAGCAGGGGGAGGUCAAGGUGGCCGAUUGUCAAGCCAUAGCGGGAGUAUGGCAGCGUAACGCUGGCGCUGUGACAGGCGAUAAGGCGCAGGCUAGCAGCGGGCAAUCAGGAGUGAACAGGCAGUUUGGGCAGCGCGGGCAUUUCUCGGCGCGCGGGCAGCAAGCGAGCGGGCAUCGCACGGGCGCGGGCGCGAGGCAGCCCACAGCGGCAGGACAGCGCGGGCAGCGGCAAUGCUCAGUUUGUGGGGGUUCCCACCCUGAAGCGCCGGCGCAAUGCAAAUUCGCGCGAUACGUGUGCCGCGUGUGUAAUCGCGAGGGGCACCUGCGACGUGUUUGCCCUAACGUGACGGGGCACCAUAGGGUGGAAGCGAUGACAGACAUGGACUCUGACGACAGCGACGAGUUCCAGAUUCUCUAAGGUGUUUGAAGACGGUUUGGGCCGGUUCACGGGCGGCCAAGUGAGCAUACACCUGCGGCCCGAAGCGCAGCCGG